AUGGCGCCGAAGGGCAAGAAAUCAAAGAAACAGGCCGAUGACGACUGGGAGGCUGAACUGGGAGAGUCAAUACCUCCUGCGGGUGAAUCGACCGAGAAUGGCGAGCAGGCAGUCAACGGUGCAGAUGACGGAGAGGAGACUGGUGGCGGUGGUGGCGGAUUGCUAGCAGCCAUUCGGAAAAACAAGGACAAGCGGAAGAAGAAGGGCAAGGUCGACAACGAUCUCGUUGAAGGCGAGGACCCUGCACAGGCUGAUGAGCCAGCGUCAGCCCUGAACGGAAAGGCACCAGAGGAAGCCACCUUCGACGAUGACGACGAUGUCUUUGCAGGAAACGCGAACAAGAAGCCGAAGGGCGGCAAGAAGGAGACACCGAAGCCAGCUGAGGAUCAGGAUGACGAAGACGCGGGCGCUGGAGGCGUAAAGUCGAAGAAAGAGAAGGAACGCGAGAAGAAAGAGCGUGAGAAGGCCCGGAAAAAGGAGCAAGCCGCAAAGAAGAAGACCACUGCACCCACACCUGCACCAGAAGCCAAGAAGGAGCCAGAGAAAGUCAUCGAAAAGACCGCUGAACCCGCGGCUGUGCCAGAGAAGGACGACAAGGGCGGCAAGAAGAAGAAGGUGCCCGCUCAUCUCGCGGCCCUUCAGAAACAGCAAGAAGCCCUGCAGAGGCAGCGCGAGGAGGCUGCUCGUCUCGAAGCUGAAGAGAAGGCCGAAGAAGAGGCGAGACUCAAGAGGGAUGCCGAAGAGGAACAGAAGAAAGCCGAGCUUCGCGAAAAGAAGAAGCAGAAGGAGAAAGAGAAGAAGGAGCAGCUACGCAGAGAGGGCAAGCUACUGACUGAUGCCGAGAAGAAGCGGCAGCAGCAACAACAACUCCGCAUGCAACAAAUGCUUGCCUCAGGCGCUCAGGUUGCUGGGUUUUCAGAGGGAUCAGAAGACAAGAAGAAGCCUGCAGUUGACAAGAAGAAGAAAAAGGCACCGAACAAGCAUGAAAUCGACCUUGAAGCGGCUGCUGAGAAGGCACGGCAAGAAGCGGAGGCUGCCGCAGUCGAACGAGAGCGACUAGCAAAGGAGCAGGCAGCAGCAGCUGCUGCUGCAGCCGAGACAGUGCAAGAGGAAGAAAGCUCGGGGCUCGAAGACUGGGAGCAAGCUGCCGCGGCUGAGGAUGAUGUCAAGGACUCCUGGGAUGCAGAUUCUGAUGAGGAGCCUGCCAAGGCUACGAAGCCAUCACCAGCUACAAAUGGAACCGCACAAACACAACAAAACGGGCAUGCAAAGACAUCGCUCCCGGUGCGGUCAGCUUCAUCAGCAGCUACUUCAUCGGCGCCCACACGAGACGACUCAGACUCAGAGACUGAUGAAUCAGAGUCCUCUGAAGACGAAGAGCUCACCGCAGCGAAGCAAAUUGAGGCGAAGCGCAAAGCCGAAGCCGCCGAGCGCAAGAAGCAAGCCCAUGAAGCAGCCCUUGCCGCUCGGUCAAAGGACAACCUGCGAUCACCUAUUGCUUGUAUUCUCGGUCACGUCGAUACAGGUAAGACUAGUCUUCUCGACAAGAUUCGGCAAACCAAUGUCCAAGAAGGCGAAGCUGGUGGUAUUACCCAGCAGAUCGGUGCUACAUAUUUCCCAACCGAUGCCUUGACCCAGAAGAUCGCGCCAGUGAACAAGGACAAUGCCUUUCAAUUCAAAGUACCUGGACUCCUGGUCAUCGACACUCCUGGUCACGAGUCUUUCUCGAACCUCCGAUCACGCGGUUCUUCCCUUUGCAACAUUGCUAUUCUCGUGGUGGAUAUCAUGCAUGGUCUCGAGCCGCAAACUCUCGAGUCCAUGAAGCUCCUUCGAGAUCGAAAGACGCCUUUCAUAGUGGCGCUCAACAAAGUCGAUCGUCUGUACGACUGGAAGCCAACACCCAACAAUGGCUUCCGUGAUAGUCUGUCCAAACAAAGAGGCGGUGUGCAGAGCGAAUUUAAGGAUCGUUUGGAGAAGACCAAGGUCGCCUUCGCGGAGCGUGGUUUCAACGCCGAAGUCUUCUACGAAAACAAGAACAUGUCGAAAUACGUCUCUCUAGUGCCAACAUCAGCACAUACGGGCGAGGGCAUCCCAGAUAUGCUCAAACUGCUAGUGUCACUGACCCAAGACCGCAUGGCCGGGAGCUUGAUGUAUCUCAGUGAAGCUGAGGGCACCGUUCUUGAGGUCAAGAAGAUUGAAGGUCUUGGUACUACGAUCGAUGUCAUUUUGUCAAAUGGUGUACUUAGAGAAGGCGACCGGAUAGUAAUUUGUGGCAUGGACGGCGCUAUAACGACCACGAUCCGAGCUCUUCUGACACCUGCGCCAUUGAAGGAACUCCGACUCAAAUCUGCGUAUGUUCACAACAAGGAAGCCAAGGCCUCUUUGGGCGUCAAAAUUGCAGCAAACGACUUGGAGAAAGCUGUGGCUGGCUCUCGAUUGCUCGUGGUUGGACCAGACGACGAUGAGUCGGAUCUGGAAGACGAGGUCAUGUCCGACCUGGCACAACUGCUCACCAAGAUCGACAAGCAGUCUCGUGGUGUCAGUGUGCACGCAUCUACGCUGGGCUCUUUGGAAGCUCUCCUCGAUUUCCUGAAGCAGAUGAAAAUCCCUGUGGGCAACAUCGGUCUCGGCACGGUCUUCAAGAAAGAGGUCAUGAUUGCCGGCACUAUGCUGGAGAAGAACCUGAAGGAAUACGCCGUUAUGCUCUGUUUCGAUGUGGCUGUCGAUAAGGAGGCAAUGGAGUACGCUGAGAAGAAUGGUGUGACUGUAUUCACUGCAGAAAUCAUCUACCACUUGUUCGACAGCUUCACCGCAUACACGAAGAAGCUGGAGGAAGAGAGAAAGGAAGAGAGCAAGCUGGACGCUGUCUUCCCUGCUGUGCUCAGCCCGUUGCAAGUGUUCAACAAGAAAGACCCAAUCGUCAUCGGUGUCGAUGUGAUUGACGGUAACCUGCGGCUUGGCACACCGAUCGCCGCCGUAAAGCACAACUCGGUCACUGGUGUGAAGGAUGUCGUCAGUCUGGGUAGAGUCACAUCAAUCGAGCGAGAGCACAAGGCCAUUCAAUUGGCCAAGAAGGGCUCGCCGUCCGUUGCUGUCAAGAUCGAAGGUCCGAACCAGCCGCUGUAUGGUCGACAACUCGAGGAGAAAGACACGCUAUAUUCAAUGAUCUCUCGGAAGUCGAUUGAUACCCUCAAGAAGCAUUAUCGGGACGAGGUGACCAAGGACGAAUGGAAUCUGAUCGUCAAGCUGAAGCCGAUGUUUGAUGUCUCAUAA